AAGUGAAAAAGAAAAAAGCUUCGAUUUUUUCUUUUGCAGAGGUGGUGGAUAGAUAGCGCGGCAGAGGAAAGAGGAGAAGAAAAGAUGGCGGCUUUCGCCUCCGCUCUCCGCGUUCUCCCCUCGCCGCCGGCUGCGGUGCCUCGUCGGCUUCGCUCGAGAGAACAAAGGCAGGGCUGUAGAUCUCGAAGGUAUUCAAAAGUCGUGGCUUACUACGCUCUCACUACUCCGCCGUAUAAACUUGAUGCCCUGGAACCUUAUAUUAGCAAGAGGACAGUUGAACUUCACUGGGGUAAGCAUCAGCAAGACUAUGUGGAUAGCUUGAAUAAGCAGCUUGCUACCAGCAUGUUCUAUGGGUACACUCUGGAGGAACUAAUAAAAGAAGCAUACAACAACGGCAACCCAUUACCAGAAUAUAAUAAUGCAGCACAGGUAUGGAACCAUCACUUCUUCUGGGAAUCAAUGCAGCCAGAAGGUGGUGGGUCACCAGGGCGAGGUGUCCUGCAGCAGAUAGAGAAGGAUUUUGGCUCUUUUACUAAUUUUAGGGAAGAGUUUAUACGCUCAGCAUUAUCACUUUUGGGGUCUGGCUGGGUUUGGCUUGUCUUGAAGAGAAAAGAACGAAAAUUUUCGGUAGUCCAUACACAAAAUGCCAUCAGUCCACUUGCACUUGGUGAUAUUCCACUCAUCAAUCUAGACUUGUGGGAGCAUGCUUACUACUUGGAUUACAAGGAUGACAGGCGAAUGUAUGUUACAAACUUUAUCGACCAUCUUGUCUCUUGGGAUACUGUCACUCUACGCAUGAUGCGCGCUGAGGCUUUUGUGAACCUUGGUGAACCAAAUAUCCCAGUUGCAUGAUAUGAGAUGAUAUGGAUAUGACCUAGAGAUAUCUAUGCAUGUAUUCUCAUCAUGAGAAAUGCAGCCGUUCUGCAGCACCACAUGGCUGCAGUCUGCAGACAUCUUUGUCUUCUACUCUGUAAACUGCAACCAAUAACCUGCUCAUGUGAUGUCUACUGUCAAUAGUGGAUGUACCCUGCAACAACUCCAAUUGAAAAACCAUUUGCAUGUUCCAUGCUGAUUGGUAUGGCAGGUUAACCUGCUCAACUUGUCACUGGAUCAAUCAAAACAGUAGGAAGAAUCUGUCUGUACGACUGUACCAAAUACCAACCCUGCAAGAGAUAAUUUCACACGCAUAGAAAGCACUUCAGAUAACAGUAUUCUGGGUUUCUUACAAUAGUCCUCUUUUUCAGAACACAAAUGCUCGAUUCUGACAAAGUUUCCAUCUACUACAUGUUUAUUAAUUUUACAUGAUGACAACGGGCUGAUAAAUUAUGAAAUCUCAGGGGUAAGAGAGAUGGAGGCGAUCUCCAUCCUCAUCUUGAUCAUGUUCUUGCUAUGGCUUGAUAUGGCAGCCUAGUUGCAGCAGCAGCAGAGGCAGUCGAGGCAGCACUCGCAGGUCUCGUAGCAGCAGAAGCAGCACAGUGCAGUGAAGAUGCUGCAAUCAGAAUGAGAGAAAUAGUUAGCGAGAUCGAUCAGGAUUUUGCUAAAAAAGAUUCACAAAAGUUUCAUGAUUUGUAAACUUAAAAACUGACGAUAUCAGAAACAGAGUGUAGCAGAGUUGAAGUAGUUUCAGCAGGUGUAUUGACUUCUGAAGAUGUGUA